GGGCGAAGACUACAGCCCAGAAUCCCUUGCGGCUCCGCCCUGGGCGUCCGUCUCCUAGGCAACCCUGGUAAACAAGAUGGCGACCUCCGGGAAGGAUCCCCUGAGGCCGACGUCUUCCUCCCUCCCGGGAGGCUUGGACACUUCGCUCCAUGCAGCUCAGUCGAUACAGUCGCGCUCAGAAAAAGAGCGUCAGUCAUGCUUGUCCUCAUUUCCCGUGGGGCAGAGACCGAAGGGUGACUUCCACGAAGCCUCCUCCUGUCUGCUGCAGGAGCUCAUUCGCCGCUCUCUGCAGGCGGACGCCGGCGCACAGGAGGAGAGCGAGGGCGAGGCGGGAUCCGAGGAGUCCUCAGAGUCCGAGAUGCCGAACUUGGAGGAGGAAUUUGAUGGGGUCCUGAGAGAGGAGGUCGUGGCUGAGGCACUCCACCAACUGGGGCGCUCAGGCUGUGGGACUGAACAGGUCUACCUCAAUCUGACUUUAUCAGGUUGUGAUUUAAUUGACAUUAGCAUUCUCUGUGGAUAUGUUCACCUACAGAAGUUGGACCUUUCAGUAAAUAAAAUUGAAGAUUUGUCUUGCGUGAGUUCUAUGCCUUACCUUCUAGAACUUAAUGCUUCUCGAAAUAAACUGACUACAUUCUUCAAUUUCAAGCCACCCAAAAAUCUCAAGAAGGUGGAUUUUUCCUACAACCAAAUUUCUGAAAUGUGUGAUUUGUCAGCAUACCAGGCACUCACUAAGCUAAUUUUGGACAGCAACGAGAUCACAGAAAUCAGUGGACUAGAGCUCUGCAGCAAUCUAACUCACCUCAGUUUGGCCAAAAACAAGAUCGCAACAAUUAAUGGCUUAAGCAUGUUACCGAUCAAAGUACUUUGUCUGAGCAAUAACGAGAUUGAGAAGAUCACAGGUUUGGAGGACCUAAAAGCCCUGCAGAUUGUGGAUCUGUCCCACAAUCAGAUCAGUAGUCUCCAAGGCUUGGAGAAUCAUGACUUUUUGGAAGUGAUCAAUGUAGAGGAUAAUAAGAUUGCAGAGCUGGGUGAGGUAGAAAACCUUGAAAGUCUACCUCUCCUUCGAGUUCUCAAUCUUCUAAGAAAUCCAAUUCAGGAAAAAUCUGAAUAUUGGUUCUUCGUAAUUUUUAUGCUACUACGAUUAACAGAAUUAGAUCAGAAGAAGAUUAAAGUGGAAGAAAAGGUUGCAGCAGUAAAUAAAUAUGACCCUCCUGCGGAAGUGGUCGCAGCCCAAGACCACCUGACCCAUGUUGUCAACAGCGUGAUGCAGCCACAGAGGAUCUUUGACAGCACUCUUCCCAGUCUGGAUGCGCCUUACCCCAUGUUGAUAUUAGCUGGGCCUGAAGCUUGUGGUAAACGAGAACUGGCUCACCGCCUCUGCAGGCACUUUAGCACUUACUUCAGAUAUGGUGCCUGUCACACCACAAGGCCGCCUUACUUUGGAGAAGGGGAUCGAGUUGAUUAUCAUUUUAUCUCUCAAGAAGUUUUCGAUGAAAUGCUGAACAUGGGGAAAUUCAUUCUAACAUUUCAUUAUAGUAAUCACCAUUAUGGAUUAAGUAGGGACACCGUAGAAGGUAUCGCCAGAGAUGGUUUAGCAAGCUGUAUUCAUAUGGAAAUAGAAGGUGUAAGAAGUUUGAAAUGUUCCUAUUUUGAGCCUCGAUAUAUCCUGGUGGUACCAAUGAACAAAAAAAAAUAUGAGAAAUACUUACGGAGAAAAGGGUUAUUCAGUCGUGUAGAAGUUGAAUUUGCUGUCUCCAGAGUGGACCUUUAUAUUAAAGUUAAUCAGGAAUUUCCAGGAUAUUUUGAUGCAGUAAUCAACGCAGAUGAUCUGGAUGUCGCCUACCAGUUGCUGAGUCAGCUCAUUAGAGAGUACCUUGGACUGUCUGAGGAAACCGCCAGCAGUUUGGCUCCGACUACAGGUGUUAACACACCUCUGCUGAAAUCCAGAGAGUCAUCUAGGAGGUUUACUACUUCAAAUCUGUAUGAUUUCAUGGAUUCCACACACAAAAACUACCUUGUGAAAUUAUGGGCCCAACUUUCAGCCAAAAAAACACCAGUGGAAAGAGAUUCCAUUGAGAGACAGUAUAAGGCAUCCCGGGAGAUCCUAAUGGGAAAGGUGCCUCCACAUCACACACUGCUAUUUCAAAGGGGUCCAGUACCAGUACCCAGCAUCAAUGAUACACAUUUUUUUACAGCUUUAGAACUACAGAAAAAUUCUGAGCUUUGUGAAGAUUAUUUUAAAACUCUCUUUGGACCAUAUCCCGAAAAGAGUGGCAAGGAUUCCCCUGGUACUAUGAACCAUUCUGGAUUAUUUCAGUCUUGUCCAUGGGCAAAAGAAUUGUCUCCUCAGCCUCCAGAGGGCAGCAUUUAUUCACGCCCAGGAUCAGGAAGAAGUGGCGAGGAGGAGGAUCAGGCCCUAAAAGCACUAUAUAAACAGACGUUUCCAAGUGAGAAAGGGUCUGGCCAACCUAGAAGACACACGAUCGCAGUCAUCAGUCGCCCGGGUUCCAACACCAAACUCAUCCUGCCUCCAAUCCCUCAGGGCCGCAAGUAGACUGGUGCUUGACAUUUGAUCUUAACAUGGAAAACUGGAUCUGAUCAUGUCCAAUCCUUUUGUCUUAUCUGGCCAUGGAUCCCGGCUGUAUCUCAUUCCGUCAACUAGCUAUUCCGUCAAAAGAUCUAUAUGCCUUGAUUCUCUCAAUCAGUUUCUUUUGUGAUUCUCUGAAUAGUGCCUUUUUAAAAAUAUAAGUUAUUCUUACCUUUUAGAGAUUUAAUUUCAGUUUUUCCCAUAGCUAUUAAUGACUUUUCCAGCUGCUUCCUGCUCUGAAAUACCAGAUGGCAAAAUUUCCCAAGGCCUCUGAAUUGUUAUGUGCAUAGUGAGUUUUAGAUAUAUCCAGUGGGGACUGUGCUCUUGAAUUUCAGUAUGUCCACUUACAGCAUUAGUAUAUACUCUAGAGGACUGAAGUAUUUUGUUCUUCGGAUUAGGAAAGGAUUGUAGUGUUCUAUUUAACAUGUGGUCAACUGCAUCUCUCAAAGGCAGUUAAUUAAUAUAAUUUGUCAUGGUUCUCAACUUGCUUUAGCAAUAUGAAGGAAUAAAAAGUAUCAGUUUUUUAAAUUUCACCCUUUUCUAAUUAUGUACUGCUCAUCAUUAGAAAUACUUUUAAACAAUUUUCUUCAGUUUUCACUACUCAGUGUUCACAGAGAAAGGAGAAGUAGUUAUAGUUAAGGCUGGUAUUCAGCUGAUUUGUGCCAGGAAAACUAUCCUAGUUGUUAAAACAUUGAAACAUGUCGCUUUGGAUUGGUAAAUGGUCUGUUCUCUGAAACAUCUGCACGUGAUGACUCAGAGGAAGGAGAGCCUCCACAUGGUACUGUACUAAUGGUGAAAUAUUUUAAAUAUCAAAACCCUUCAAUGACUUCUCUUUUAAAAAUAUCAAAAACUCCUUUGAGAACCCCCUUUCCCAAAAUCAAAUUUAGGUAUAACAUGACUUGCUAUUAGUUUCUGUCUUCCACCUGGCCCUAUUCUCAAUAGGAGCUGGUUAAAGGUCAUUUCUUGGGUUUGGUGGGAGGGGAUGAAAGGGGGACACGGACAAGGGGACAAGGCUGGGCAGGCAAAGGGAGGCAGUCCUCUCUGGGGAAGUGAGGAGGCAGAGAGUGAGUCUCAGUCAUUAUGCCCCAAGAGUCUUAAAGAAUAGUUCAACUUUCACCAGCAUCAUCUAACUUUUUAAGAAGUCAUUAUGAAAUACUUCAGACACACAAAAAAUAUACAAAUAAUAGUUCCAGUUUCAGGCAAUAUGGAAGAGAUGCACUUUUCCCUAUUUCUUGCACUAAGUACAGCUAAAACCCGAGAAAUUAUUUAUAAAACAAACAUAAGAAGGCUGAGAGACGGAAGGAAAAAGUCAGGCCCACUGGGGACCCCAGGACCUGAGUGAUGACCCAGUGGUGAGUUUUCUGGGCUUCCUCUUUACCUCAAAUAUCCUGAACUGGAUUUUGGAAAAACUGCAACUCCAAAUCACUAAAGGUACAGACAACAAAAACUCCAACAAAAAGCCUGCUCUCUCUCGCUAAGGGACUAGGAAAGGGGCAGCCUAGUGAGACAGAAAGUGUUUAAACAAUCACUGCAUUGCUUUAGUCAAACACCAUGGAUAUAACUGUGGCCCCACCCUUACUCUUCACCCUGUCAGCAAAGGCUUCGACCCUUUUCUGGCUGUAACAAAGUUCCCUUCUGCCUCCCUGCUGGAGUAGUGCUGGUGAAGUUCUCAUGGACAGCUAGGACUUUCCCCACUAACCAAUAUUAAUGAGAAACCCCCCCGCCCCCCGACAGUGUCAUUGAAGGCCACUUAGGGACCUGGACCUCCAUUGCCCACCUGAUAGUAGUUAGGUACCUCUUCCCGUUCUCAUCAGGGUGGUGGAAGAGAAGGUCUGGUGGAGAUCCAGAGCUUUCACCACGGACCUGUCAGAGCAGUAAAGAAUGCCCCCCCCCUCACACCAGUGUCAGUGGGAGCCUAAUGGGGAUCCUAAACUUUCCCCUGACCACCACCCAGCAUUAGUAAGGUAUCACUCAUCCCUUGUCAAGAGAGACCAAGUAGAAAAUGUAGAAUUCCUCCUCCACUUGGCAAUAAUGAGUCAGUGUCCCCUCCCCCACUGGCAUGGUGUCACAGAAGCUCUGCAAAGAUAGAAAAUUUAAAUAAGAUUUGUCAUCUUACAACAUACUAUCCAAAACAUCCAAGAUUAAUUUAAAGAAAUACUCAUCCAGAAUCAGGAAAACUAUUAGUUUGAAUAGUAACACCAAGUUCACAUGCCAACACCAAGAUGAAACAGAUGUUGGGAUUAUCUGACAAGAAUUUUAAAGCAGUUACCAUAAAAAUGCUUCAACAAGCAAUUAUGAACAUGAUUGAAACAAAUGAAAAAGUCUCAGUAUUGAAAGAGAAAGUCUUAGGAAAUAAAUAGAAGAUAUAAAGAAAAAUCAAAUGGAAAUACUAGAACUGAACAAUACAAUAAUUGAAAUUUUAAAACUUACUGGAUGGGCUUAACAGUAGAAUGAGGAGAACAGAAAAAUAAAAAGCAGUGAACUUAAAGACAGAGCAAUUGAAAUUAUACAAUACAAACAAUAGAGAGAAAAUAGACUACAAAACAAAAUGAGUUCCAGAGAUAUGUAGGGACUAUAUGAAAAGAUCUAAUGUUUAUGUCAUUAAAGACCCAGAAGGAGAGUAAAAAAAAGGAGUAUGGGGUUAAAAAAGUAUUCAAAGAAAUAAUGACUAAAAAUUCCCUGUAUUUGCCAAAAGCCAAAACCCUGCAAACUCAGGAAGAUGAUGAACCCCAGAAAGGAUAACGCCAAAUAAAUCUGCUACAGAAAUGUCAGUAUCAAACUUCUGAAAACUAAAGACAAAGAAAAAUAUCUUAACACAGCAAGAAAGAAAUUAUAUCUUAAUUAUAAGGAAAAAAAAUCAAUUGAUAGUGGAUUUCUCAUUAUAACCCAUGAUACUACCAGAAACUAUGGAAGUAGAACAGCAUUUUUCUAGUGCUAAAAGAAAAAAACCCCAUCAGUCUAGAAUUUUAGAUUCAGUGAAAAUAUCCUUCAGGAAUAAAGAGAAAUUAAAACAUUCUCUGAUGAAAGAAAACCAAGAAUAUAUUGCCAGCAGACCUACCCUAAAAGAAUGGCUACAGAAAACCCUUGAAACAGGAUGAAAAUGACAAAACAAGGAAAUCUGGAAUAUGGAAGGAAAAAAGAACACUGGAAAGAGUAA